GAUGGUGCUGGAGGCGGUUUUACGAAACCUACUGCGUUGAAGGUUGAGGCUUAAUAUUCAUAACCUGUGCAUUUGCUAGUAGGACCUGUUAAUACAACGUAAUUAAAAAUCUGGACAAACCAUCAUCAUUGGAAAUUUACGUGGCACGUAACGUUACUUAAUUCGUAUUCGUGAUUAAUUCGUACACGUCGGCGUAGUAGGAUAGGCAAUGUGUGUCUCAGCGUAUGACAAACUUUAAAACCGUUCGCACUUCGCAUAUAGAGACGAUGAGCGUUGGAUAUAACAUUGUUUGCUGCACUUUGUAAACUUGCAAUAGAGAAUGGACAAGCGACCGACUUCACCACAGUCAAACGCUGAAACUCCAGACAGUCCAACAGGGGCUCAUGUUGAAUGGUGCAAACAACUAAUUGCAGCCACAAUGUCCAGUCAAAGCUGUGGACCCAUCAGCUCCGAGAUGAUUUCCAGAGAAUACAAGGACUGUGAUAUGGAGAUUAAAGGAUUUCUCUUGGACAGUGACCCACAACAGACUGCCCCCUCCUCGGCACUCAGAGAAGGAAAUAAGCAAGCUCAGAUGGAAGAGGCUCCGCGUAUUCCUGGAGAAACAAUCAAAGCUAUUGUCAAAGACGUCAUGUACAUCUGUCCAUUCUCUGGGGUCAUAAGAGGCACUUUAACCAUCACUGACUUCAAGCUCUACUUUAAGAGUCUGACAAGGGAUUCUCCGUUUGUACUGGAUGUUAAUCUUGGAGCCGUAAGCAGACUGGAGUCUAUCGCGGUUCAGAGUCACGGGGACAACACUCAAGGACUUGAGAUAGUCUGCAAGGAUUUGAGAACCCCGCGGUUUGCAUACAAGAAGGAGGGACAAAACAAUUUGGAGAUGUUUAAAAUAUUGUCGAAGUAUGCGUUUCCGCUUUCCCACAACUUGCCUCUCUUUGCCUUUAAGUACAGAGAGACAUUUCCAGAGGAUGGAUGGAAAAUCUACGACCCAGUUGCUGAGUACAAGAGACAGGGUAUUCCGAACGAGAGCUGGAUCAUCAGUAAAGUUAACAGUGGUUAUGAGGUGUGUGAAACGUAUCCUGCUCUGCUGGUCCUGCCUUCAAACGUCACAGAGGAUGAACUGAAGAGAGUGGCAGCUUUUAGGGCCAAACGCCGUUUCCCUGUGCUUUCCUGGAUUCAUCCUGAGAGUCAGGCCGCUAUCGUGCGUUGUGGUCAGCCACAGGUGGGUCCAUCAGACCGCCGCUGUAGGGAGGAUGAACGGUACCUGCAGACAAUACUUGAUGCCAACGCUCAAUCUCACAAGCUCUGCAUUUUUGAUGCUCGCCAAAGUACUGUGGCUGACACCAACAAAGCCAAAGAUGGAGGAUAUGAGAAUGAAAGUUUCUACAUCAAUGUGGAGCUGAACUUUCUGGAAAUACCCAACAUACAUGUGAUGAGAGAAUCCUUAAGGAAACUUAAGGAGGUGGUGUAUCCUGCCAUUGACCAACAACACUGGUUCUCAAACGUGGAUGCCACUCACUGGCUAGAAUACGUCAGGCUCUUGCUAGCUGGUGCUGUUCGGAUUGCAGACCGAAUUGAGUCAGGUAAGACAUCAGUGGUGGUCCACUGCAGUGAUGGCUGGGACCGCACAGCUCAGCUCACCUCUCUGGCUAUGCUCAUGCUAGACGCACACUACCGCUCACUUAGGGGCUUCCAGGUGUUGUUGGAGAAGGAGUGGCUGAGCUUCGGGCACCGAUUUGCUUCGCGUGUGGGACAUGGAGAUGGGAAUCAUGCAAACUCUGAGCGCUCGCCUCUUUUUGUUCAGUUUAUAGAUUGUGUCUGGCAAAUGACCCGACAGUUUCCUUCUGCAUUUGAGUUCAAUGAGCUAUUUCUCAUCAUGGUACUCGAUCACCUGUUCAGUUGCCUGUUUGGGACAUUUCUUUACAACAGUGAGCAAGAACGAGUUUCAAAGGAGGUUUACAACAAGACUGUGUCUUUGUGGUCAUAUGUGAACAGCCAGAUUGAGGAAUUUACCAACCCACUGUAUGUGAACUAUGAACACCAUGUUUUAUAUCCGAUUGCCAGUCUUAGACAUCUAGAGCUUUGGGUCAGUUAUUAUGUGCGUUGGAACCCUCGCAUGAGGCCACAGGUUCCCAUACAUCAGAGUUUAAAGGAGUUGUUGGUCCUAAAGUCAGAGCUGCAGAAAAGAGUGGAGGAUCUAAAACAAGAUGCAGCUUCAUCACAUUCUCUCUCCUCUUCAGAGCAUGAAGGCAUGCCCAUGCAAACUACUGUCUGAGUGUGUCUCAUUUGGUAAAUUCUGUAAAUCAUAGUUGCUCCCAUCUCUGUUGUCACAUUCGAAUAAUAACAACGUUUACAUAUAAUAAAAUUCUGGUGUAGUGCUUGGAAUAUACCCACACUGUGGUCAUUGAGGCCCCCUAUAGGCUACUGGCUAAAUCUCAUGGCACUGUUCACUCACAACACUCAUUUCAAUGAAUUUUUUAAUCAUGCAUAAUAUGAAAACUGUGAAUAGAUUUGCUUUGUUCUAGUGAAACAUAUUUGUUACACAGACCACCACCACCUUCAGACAAAAUGUAAAUAAGUUAAGUGCAUUUAAAUUGCAUUUGUCUAAUGCAUGCAUGUUUUAUAUUGUUUUUGUUAUACACAUUUUAUAGCGUUAUUUAAUUAAAAAAAAAAAGUUUAAAACACA